AUUCCUGAAAACUUUCCAUCUUGCUUGAAAAACAUUAUACCAAUGAUUGGUCCUCUGCAUAUUCAGCUGAAUGCGAGAGAAUGUGUUUGCCUUCUAAACAUUGACUUCUUUAAAAUGUUCUAUUCCUUUAUCUUUGGGGAUAAAAAGCAACUUGCAAACAAGCCAAAACCAUGGAGAAUUUCUUUGCUGUUAGAGAUACUUUAUGGUGGGUGGACACUCAUCAGAGAACAAGUAAUUGUCAUUUUCUCCAAUUGCAAAAGCAUAGAGUUCUUAACUCUCUUGAACAUCUUAGACAAUUACCUUCCACUUGUACUGUCUAUCUACUCAGUCAUCUUUAAAACUGGAAGAACCUCUGAGUACCUGGAUGCAGUGUUGAGGUGUUGGUUAAUGUUCUUUUGCUACAAAAGACAUCAUUAUAACAAAGCUCCUUUGGUCUGGCUAAGUAAUAUUCUGUUUUGGAAGGCUAACAAUCAUCCACUUUUUCAAGCUCUUUUAAGCAGCCUCAAUGCUUUUGAUGAAUACCCAGUGGAGAACUUCCACUCUCUCUUAAGAUCACAAACAGUGCAAUCUGAUGAUGCUGAACUGAUCUCAAGAAAGGCCAAAGGAGUUGACAGCAACAAGACAACAUCAGCUAAAUUUUCAUCAGCAUUUGUGAGGCCAAAAAAUUUAACUUCAGCAGUUCAAAACUCAAAUAGCUGA